AUGUCAACAACAACACAAAAGAUAGAUAUAUCAAAGAUGACAACAACAAAAGAGACAGAUAAAUAUCAUUCUAUCACCAAACAAUUCAAAACAUUCAAAGAUAACAAAUGUCCGUUAUGUGAUAGUCAACUAUGUGAUACUGCAACACUCAACAAUCACAUUGCUCAAUGUUCUGUCUAUUUCAUGUUGGACAAUCAAAUAGAUGUCUUGCAAGUUGUAAAUGAUGUCAUGGCAAAUCUUUACAACAAAAAGAGAUCAAUUGACAACAAUGAUAAUAAUAAUAAUAAUAAUAAUAAUAAUAAUAAUAACAACAACAAGAACAACAAUAAUAAUAAUAAUAAUAAUAACAAUAAUAUUAUUGUGAUUGAUGAUGAUGAUGACAUCAAUGUGAAGAGACAAAAGAUGGAAACAAACAACAACGACGACAAAAAGAUAAUAAGGUCUGAUGAAGAACUAAAGUCAUUGGGUGCAUUUGUUAAGGAUUCAAAUGGUGAGGGAAGAUGCCUAGAUAUGAUCAACUUUGUCGGAAGUCAACAGGAACUACAAUCAGCGGUGAAUAGGGUAAGAACAGUCAUCCAAAAAUCAAAGUUGGUUACCUACUUAUCAAUAUAUGUUAUUUUCGAUGAUAACACAAUUGAACAAGGUAUGUCAACAUCUUAUCUAUCGAAGUAUUUCUUUGAAUCAUUUCCAUUUGGAAGAAUGAUCUAUGCCGAGAGAGCAAGUACAAGAUUCUGUGUCUAUGGAGCCAAUGUUAAAAACAACCAAGAACUUCAUACACCCAUUUGUUUGCCAUCAAUGAUUCCACAUAUCGAUAAAUACCAAGUUAAAAGUAUAGAACACCCAGUUGAUAUUCAACCAUCAUGUGAUGUAUUGAAUGGAUCACCAUAUAUUAAAACAGUCAAACUAACGGCAUCCAGUAGAAUGACAUACGAUAAAGAAGUAUUUAAUCGAUUCAUACUCGGGUUACCCAAUCUUGAGUGUCUCAGACUAUGUGGUGGUGGUGCCAGAAUAUUAUCAGUGGUCAUCAAACUAUUAAACAAAAACAUAAUCAAACACCUUACAAUUCGCCAUAUCGCGGUAACUCCUGCACAGAGUCGAAAACUAUUAGAUGCCAUCAAGACAAACAGAUCACUUAUUAGUUUUAAAAUCCAUUUUCGCGAAGAGUGUUUCCCAUUUGUUUAUCAAGCUUUAAAAGAGAUACGUACCAAUCAUAAUAAUACAACUCUGAAAUAUAUUUACUUGUUGUAUCAAAGUAUAUAUGUUGACAAACAACCGGUCGCAUCGUUGCAGGAUGAUUAUGGUUACAUAAUACAAGACAUUUCCCCAGGCUACAGAAUCUCAAGAGAAUACAACGAUCAAAGAGUAUUCUAUCGAUGGAUCACCAUUUGCCAGAAAUCUAUAUGCAGAAAGACAAGUACCAGAUUCUUUAUGUCUGAAGUCCGUGUUCAGAAAAACAAGAAAGAACUUCACACAGCCAUUUGUUUGCCAUCAAUGAUUCCACAUAUCGAUAAAUACCAUAUUCACACUAUUGAUUAUAACCGAAUUCAUAUCGAACAAUCAUGUCAAGUAUUGACAGGAUCACCAUAUAUUAAAACUGUCAAGUUGGUUGGAGAUCAUUAUGAGUCCUACGACUACAAUCUAUUCAAUCGAUUCACACUCAGUCUGCCCAAUCUUGAAUGUCUUCGUAUUGAUGUUACUUCAAUGCCAAAGCAUAUAUCGAUGGUCGUUGAACUGUUAAAAAGAAAUCAAAUCAAACACAUGACAAUUGGUGGUGUGAAAUCAAAUUUACAUACCCAAAUGGUAUCAAUAUUCGAUGCAGUCAAAACAAACAAAUCACUCAUCUCUUUGAAAAUCAAUGAUAUGAUUCAAAAAGAAGAAAAAGAAAGAUUUAAUUUAUUAGAUCCAAAAUUACCAAAUUAUUUAUUAUAUUAUAUUAUCAAUUCAAUUCAAGAUGAUAUAGAUAUUAUUUGUUUAUUAUUGACAUGCAAGAGAUUAUUCAAUAUUUUAAAGUUGACUCGAUUACCCAUUCGAUUCAAACAGGUUGAAUUGAUUUACAUUCAAGGUGAUCAAAACUUGGAGCAUCAUUUGGUCAUUGGUGGAGUCACUUGGGGUGCAGGAUCAGACAAUGUAGCCAAAUACAAUCAUCAUUUUCAAUCGUUGGACAAUCAUUCAUUUGACAGAGUAUUUUGUAAAAGUAAAACAGAUAUUGUAGAAAUUCCAACCGCCACUAGAAAAAUGUUUCUCAGUCUUGUCAAAUACGAUAAUCUAUCAUUAGACUUUUCCGAAAAAUAUAUGGAGGAAUUUGUUUUUGACAAUGUCGACGAUAGCAUCAAAUCACUCGUACUACCAAAAUCACUCAAGAGAUUUGGAACCAACGAUCUUAGAAUAUUGGACGAGAACCAUUUCAAGUAUCCACCAACCCUAGAAACUUUAAAAUUGUAUUCUCCUCAAUUGGUACUCACCCACCAACUCAACAAUGAAAUCAAAGUGUAUCCAGAUUUCCCAACGACUCUUCGUUCGCUCACUCUAUCAUACAUACGUACUGAAAUGCAAGAAUAUACUGGUCCAAUCGACUUUUCACUCAAACAUCUUGGUCAAUUAGAGUAUUUGACAAUUCGGUCUUGUCAAAAGGGAAUUAUUGGCAGAAUUGACUUGCCAGAUUCCGUCAAACAUUUAUCAGUCAGAUAUAUGCCAUCUAGUGGAAACAGUCCUAUUUCAUUACCGCCAAAUCUUCAAUCACUUCAUAUCAAUAUGGAAAUAAUCAACUCACCUCUUCCAACGACAAUCACCAAUCUAUCUUUAUAUUAUUGUCCAUACAUUCAACCUGGAUUCAUCCCAAUCAAUGUUAAAAAAUUACAUCUUUCAUUUGCUCAUGUUCAUAAUGAUUUGGUUAGAGGAUCAAUACCUUGCAAUGUAGAAGAUUUAACCAUUCAAAAUUAUAUUCUACCCAAUUCAGCCACUUUAUCAUCAUGUUUUCCAACAACCAAACUUGUUAAAUUAACCAUUAAAAAAAGUGAUUUUAAAAUGACACAACUUCCACCCAACCUACAAUCCUAUGUCAUUCAUUGGGGAAAUCCAUCACUUCUUCCAACAGAGUAUCCACCAUCUUUGACUCAUCUAACAUUAUCAGACAUUCAUUUAAUUUGUAAAGCACCAUCUACAAUCAAUCAUUUAUCAGUUCAAUUAAAAUAUGGUUCAACUAUUACAAUCAUUCCAAACCCAAUACCGAAUAAUAUUAAAACCCUAGAAUUGGAUAUUCAAAGAGAACAUGAUUAUAAAUUAUCAUUGGAUGAAAUUCUACAAUCUCAAAUUGAUACUAUUAAAUUAUUUAAUUUCUCAAUUUCAAUUAGAAAGUUUAAAGACCAAUAUCAAACUGUUCUAUUUUUGGAAAAAGGAUCAUUAUAUGGUGCAUUUUUAAAUCAAAAUCAAAAAUAUUAUUUAUCAAUUCAAAAUGGUUUACCAACUAUAGAAAUAAAUAAAUAA